AUGAGACGUAUGAACAAUUUACUGACACUUUUCACAUCUAUGUCAGCGUUUUUCUUUGGCUGCUUUAUAACAACGCUAUUGACAUCGGUGGAUAAAUGUCCUGCGCAAAAGAGUGGUGUACACAAGCUGGAACCACAUCCGGAACUUUUCUUAAUGGUAUUAAUAUUAAGUGCUCCACGUUAUGAAGAAAAACGUAAUGUGAUACGUGAAACAUGGUUGAAAUUGGGUAGACCUUUAUCUUUACCCUAUUAUCCCGAGGAAUUUGUGUAUUUACCUUUCUACGGACCCAUGGGUCAUUUACAAAUGGAAAACACAAAUGAUCAGGCGAACCGUUUAAGGAUUUUCCUUGACUGGUUAGAAAGUGUGCAGCAUUCCAAGGCGGAGGUGCCAAAACGUAAUAUAAAAGUCAAACAUUUCUUUGCCAUUGGUACGCAAGGUUUGUCACCAGAUUUACGUUAUCAAUUGGAAAAGGAACAAAAGAAACAUUUGGAUUUACUACUCUUACCCAGAUUGACCGAUACAUAUGCCAAUUUAACAGAAAAGCUAUUACAUUCUAUGGAUGCCUUAACACACCAUUAUGAUUUUAGUUAUUUGCUGAAGGUCGAUGAUGAUUCAUAUGUUAAAUUGGAUUACCUUUUAAAUGAAUUGGUAUCAUAUGAUCGAAAACUAUUAAGACGUUCCAAAGAGUAUCGUGAUAAUCCAUUGCCAGCCCUGUACUGGGGUUACUUCAAUGGUCGCAGUAACAUUAAAACCAAAGGUCAAUGGGCUGAACCAAAUUAUUAUUUAUCGAUGCGUUAUAACACUUACGCCUUGGGUGGUGGUUAUGUUUUGGGUCGGAAACUUUGUGAAUAUAUGGCUAAUAAUUCCCAUCACCUAUCCACUUAUGUGAGUGAGGAUAUAUCGGUGGGAACAUGGUUGGCACCAUUUAGACAUGUCUAUCGUCAUCAUGAUCCACGUUUCGACACCGCCUAUAUGGCAAGAAAAUGUAAGAAAUAUCAUUUGGUCCUACACAAGCGUAAUGAAACGAUUAUGCGUGACCUAUACAAUGAUAAGCUAUGCACAUUCGAGGUGGCCAAUGAAAAACAGCUACAACGUCCAAUGGAAUAUUAUUAUGACUGGCAUAAGACAGCGGAUAAAUGCUGUGAUAGUUUAGUAAUUUAAAAAAGUGC